ACACCUCGAAGCAUCUCCUCCCAUAUUAUACCUACUCACCUGUCGCUGCACAGACAUCCUUCCUCAUAUUCUCACUCUAUAAUUGACCGCCUGGCAGGCAUCCAAUUGGCAUUUUUGGAUAUUUCAUUUCUUGAUACUUGUCGCAGUCGAUUAUCGUCACAAUGCUUCGAUCGGCACGCGGGACCAGCUCCGUCCUCGCAGCGUCAGCUGCUAAACCGCGGGCAGGAGCUUCCCUCAAGUUCUCGUCGAACCCCUCAUUCACAUUCUCGACUUCCAGAUCCACCGCCUCAAAUUCUGCACCUCCCAACUGCCGGUCCAUAUAUACCAGCCGUUCCGCCUUAUCCUCGACAUCCGCUGCAGCAACUCGAACAUCUUCACAAUCCCUUCAACCCCGCUUCCAAAGAAACUUCCACGCAACCGCAUACAGAAUGGCUGCUACACGGGCAGAGACAGAUGCCUUUGGAGAGGUGCAGGUACCAGCAGACAAGUACUGGGGAGCACAAACGGAACGGUCGUUGGAGAACUUCAAGAUCAACCAGCCGCAAGAUCGCAUGCCCCCUCCAAUUGUUAAGGCUUUUGGAAUUUUGAAGGGCGCUGCUGCGACCGUCAACAUGCAAUUUGGACUUGACCCAAAAAUUGGCAAAGCCAUUCAAGAAGCCGCUGCUGAGGUGGCCUCCCUCAAGCUCAUCGACCACUUCCCUCUCGUCGUCUGGCAAACCGGUUCCGGAACCCAAUCGAACAUGAACGCCAACGAGGUUAUCUCAAAUCGUGCCAUUGAGAUUCUGGGCGGAACUAUGGGAAGCAAGAAGCCGGUUCACCCGAACGAUCAUGUCAACAUGAGUGCCUCGUCGAACGACACUUUCCCUACCGUUAUGCACAUCGCUGCAGUGCUCGAGAUUGAGCAGGAGCUUAUCCCAGCUAUUAAGUCACUCCGUGAAGCCCUCCAAGCCAAGGUUGAUGAUUUCGAGGCGAAGAAGAUUAUCAAGAUUGGACGUACACAUUUGCAGGAUGCUACACCAUUGACUCUUGCUCAAGAGUUCUCAGGAUAUGUGGCUCAGCUCGACUUUGGCAUCAAGCGAGUGGAAUCUUCUCUCCCAGAUCUCCGUCUGCUGGCUCAGGGUGGAACUGCCGUCGGCACCGGAAUCAACACAUACAAGGGUUUCGCAGAGGCAAUUGCUACUGAAGUCACCAAGAUGACUGGCACCGAGUUCAAGACCGCCCCAAAUAAGUUUGAGUCUUUAGCAGCACACGAUGCCAUCGUGCAAGCCUCAGGCUCUUUGAACACUCUCGCAUCCUCUUUGUUCAAGAUCGCCCAGGAUAUCAGAUACCUUGGAUCUGGACCACGUUGUGGACUUGGAGAGUUGGCUCUUCCAGAAAACGAGCCUGGAAGCAGUAUUAUGCCUGGAAAGGUCAACCCAACUCAGUGCGAAGCCUUGACUAUGGUUUGUGCUCAAGUCAUCGGAAACCACACUGCCACUACUAUCGGAGGCAUGAAUGGUCAGUUCGAGUUGAAUGUUUUCAAGCCUUUGGUUAUCCGAAAUCUCCUGCACAGCAUCCGUAUCCUCACCGAUGGAAUGAAGAGUUUCGAGAAAAACUUGGUUGCUGGCCUGCAAGCCAACGAGGACAAGAUCUCAAACAUCAUGAAGGAAUCCCUGAUGCUGGUUACCUGCCUCAACCCAAAGAUCGGAUACGACAUGGCAAGCAAAGUAGCAAAGAAUGCUCACAAGAAGGGCUUGACAUUGAAGGAGUCAGCAAUGGAGCUGAAGGCGCUAAGCGAGGAGGACUUCGACAGACUGGUCCGUCCAGAGCUGAUGAUUGGUCCUGAAGAGUACAAGAAGAAAUAGACG